UAUCGGUUCACUUUUUGGCAUUUCUGGUUGGAAGUCAAAAGUCAAAUUUGGAGAAACUCAGUAAAGAACAAAUUCAUAAUAAUCUAAAAAAAUAUAUCGAGUGCUGGACUAUUGCAAGCUCAAGGAAAAUUAUAUUAAAAUACAAAAUACCUGAGCUGUAGCUCGAAAUACUACGAGUGGAGCGCAGAAAAAAUACGCAUCAUUGAAACCAACAACAACAGUGUGCCAGCGCCCUGUCUCCGACCUCGUACGAUAUCUUUAAUUACAGUAGUAACCAGCUAAUGGACCUACAAUAGAAGCGUUAAAGAGGAUUGGUAGUAAUAACAGAUAAAUAUUUAAGAACAAAAUACGGAAGUGAAGUACACGGAGCAGCAACAAAAACGUUAUGAUUAAAUUGUUUUCACUAAAACAACAAAAAAAGGAUGGCGAACAGUUGGCCCGAACCGGGCAACAGAAGAAAGCAUCAGCUGCGCAACUACGUAUACAAAAAGAUAUCAACGAGCUAAACCUGCCUAAAACAUGUGCCACUGAGUUUCCUGAUCCAAAUGACUUGCUCAACUUCAAGCUCACAAUUUGCCCUGACGAAGGUUUCUAUAAGAACGGUCGUUUUGUUUUUAGUUUUCGCGUGGGGCCCAACUACCCUCACGAGCCACCAAAAGUUAAAUGCGAAACGCAAGUCUACCAUCCAAACAUCGAUCUGGAAGGAAAUGUCUGUUUAAAUAUAUUACGAGAAGAUUGGAAUCCAGUGUUGACCAUCAGUUCGAUUGUUUACGGAUUACAAUUUCUCUUCUUGGAGCCUAAUCCCGAAGAUCCAUUGAAUAAAGAAGCAGCCGACCAAUUGCAAUCAAAUCGCGCGCUAUUCGAACGCAAUGUUUUAAGAGCGAUGCAGGGCCAUACUGUGGGCGAUACCCAGUUUGAGGCAUGUCUCAAGUGAUAUCGAGAAUCAACUCUUUAAUUUUAAGAUUAGCGUCUGCCUUUUCGACUUAAAUUUACAUUUACGUUUUGGUGGGCGUUUUUAUAAUAAUUUAAUUUUCAACAAUAAUUAAAGAAGAAAAUCAGGAAAUGUA